CAGCUUUAACAACUUUUCCAGUAGACCAGACCAUUAUGGAGGGCGCCAAAGUAACAUUUCAUUGCAGUGCCACUGGAAACCCAGCUCCAACGAUAACAUGGACAAAAGACGGCAAGAAUGUGGAAUCAGGAGAGGUGUUGAGCUUUGAAACGAACAGGAAUCAGUCUGGAGAAUACGUAUGCUCAGCAGGGAAUGGGUUGAAUGUAAACGCCAAUGCUAGUGCUUUCCUAGAUGUUCUUUACAAACCCAGUUUAGCCACCCUUCCCUCGGAUCAAACCGUUCUGGAGGGUUCCACAGCAACAUUCCACUGUGCGGCCACUGGAAAUCCAACACCAAAGAUAUCAUGGAUGAAAGAUGGGAAAACUGUGUCUCAAGAGCAAACAUUGAAAAUUGAAACCAACCGAAAUGAUUCUGGAAAGUACUGGUGUGUCGCAGAGAAUGGAUUGAAUUCAACUGUUAAUGAUAGUGCCAUGCUUGACGUUCAGUUUCCACCAGAUUUAACAACUGUUCCACAAGACCAGACCAUUAUGGAGGGCACCAAAGUAACGUUUCAUUGCACUACCACUGGGAAUCCAGCUCCCACGAUAACAUGGACAAAAGACGGCAAGGCUGUGGAGUCAGGAGAGGUGUUGAGCUUUGAAACCAACAGGAAUCAGUCUGGCGAAUACGUGUGCUCAGCAGGGAAUGGGUUGCAUGUAAAAGCCAAUGCCAGUGCUGUCCUGGAUGUUCUUUACAAACCCAGUUUAACCAUCCUUCCUUCGGAUCAAACUGUUCUCGAGGGUUCUACGGCAACAUUCUCUUGUGCGGCCACAGGAAAUCCAACACCAAAGAUAUCAUGGAUGAAAGAUGGGAAAACUGUGUCUCAAGAGCAAACAUUGAAAAUUGAAACCAACCGAAAUGAUUCUGGAAAGUACUGGUGUGUCGCAGAGAAUGGAUUGAAUUCAACUGUCAAUGCUAGUGCUAUGCUUGACGUUCAGUUUUCCCCAAGUUUAAAAACCACUCCAAUAGACCAGACUAUAAUAGAGGGUGCUACAGCAACAUUUUACUGCACCGCCACUGGGAACCCAGCGCCAAAAAUAACAUGGACAAUGAAUCGUGAGACGGUAGGAUCCGGAGACACACUGAGCUUUGAAACAAACAGGAAUCAAUCUGGGAAAUACUGGUGCUCAGCAGAAAAUGGACUAAACGUUAUCAACGCCAGUGCAGAUCUUGAUGUCUUGUAUAAACCAAGUUUGACCAACAAUCCGACUAACCAGACCGUCGUUGAGGGUGCCAUUGCGACGUUUCGCUGUAGGGCUGAUGGAAAUCCAACCCCAAAGAUAACAUGGAGGAAAGAUGGGAAGACUGUGACUGAAGAAGACACACUGAGCUUCGAAGCAAACAGAACUCAAUCUGGCGAAUAUUUGUGUUCGGCAGAGAAUGGUCUCAAUUCUACUGUGAGCGCAAGCGCACAUCUUAAUGUUCAAUUUCAACCAAGUUUAGUAACUACUCCAGUAGACCAGACCACCGUGGAGGGCGCCACAGCAUCGUUCCAAUGUACAGCUACUGGUAACCCAGUUCCAAAGAUUACAUGGAGUAUGAAUGGAAAAACAGUAGGAUCGGGUGAAACACUGAGCUUUGAAACAAACAGAAAUCAAUCAGGAAAAUAUUGGUGCUCAGCAGAAAAUGGAUUAGAUGUUAUCGUCAACGCCAGUGCUAGUCUGGAUGUCCUGUAUGAACCAAGUUUGACGACUAUUCCGUCUAACCAGACCAUAAUUGAGGGUACCUUAGCGACAUUCCUCUGUAGGGCUGAUGGAAAUCCAACCCCAGAGAUAACAUGGAGGAAAGAUGGAAAGACUGUGGCUCAAGAAGACAAACUGAGCUUCGAAGCAAACAGAACUCAAUCUGGCGAAUAUUUGUGUUCGGCAGAGAAUGGUCUCAAUUCUACUGUGAGCGCAAGCGCACAUCUUAAUGUUCAGUUUUCAUCUAGUUUAGUAACUACACCAGUAGACCAGACCAUCAUGGAGGGCGCCACAGCAUCAUUCCACUGCACAGCCACUGGUAACCCAAUUCCAAAGAUAACAUGGAGUGUGAAUGGAAAGACAGUUGGAUCGGGUGAAACACUGAGCUUUAAAACAAAGAGGAAUCAAUCAGGGAAAUAUUGGUGUUCGGCAGAUAAUGGAUUAGAUGCUAUCGUCAAUGCCAGCGCUAAUCUUGAUGUAUUAUAUAAAACAAGUUUGACUACCGUUCCGACUAACCAGACUACCAUAGAGGGUGCCAUUGUGACAUUUCGCUGUAUGGCUGAUGGAAAUCCAACUCCAACGAUAACAUGGAAGAAAGAUGGGAUAAAUGUCGCUCAAGGGGACACACUGAGAUUCGAAACAAACAGAACUCAAUCUGGCGAAUAUUUUUGUUCUGCAGAGAAUGGUGUGAAUUCUACUGUGAGUGCGAGCGCACAUCUUAAUGUUCAAUACACACCUAGUUUAAUCACCAAACCAUCGGACACAGUAAUCAUGGAAAACCAAGAAGUAACUCUCCAAUGUAGUGCCACUGGAAACCCAAUUCCAAAAAUAACGUGGAUCAAAGACGGAGAAGAAGUAGAUACAGGAGAUAAACUAUGUUUCAAGGCCCUUAGGAAUCAUAGUGGGAGGUACUGGUGUUUAGCACAAAAUGGCUUAGAGGGCAGUGUGAAUGCCAGCGCUUACCUGGAUGUGAAGUUUCCACCAAGUCUAAUCACGAGGCCAGUUAACCACACAGUUAUUGAGGGAGCCCAAGCAACAUUCCACUGCAAUGCCACAGGAAACCCAACUCCACAAAUAACUUGGAAAAAAGAUGGGAAGAUCGUAGUUGAGGGAGAAACUCUGAGCUUGGAAACCAACAAGGAUCACUCUGGAAAAUACUUGUGUAUUGCAGAAAAUGGGUUGAAUUCCACUGCGAGUGCUAGUGCGAAUCUUGAUGUUCAAUUUCCACCUGGAAUAGUCUCCAAACCAUCAGACCAGAUUAUCAUCGAGAACAAUGAGGUUACUUUCCAAUGUAGUGCCACUGGAAAUCCAACUCCAAAGAUAACUUGGGUCAAAGAUGGUAAAGAGGUGGAGACCGGGGAGAAAUUGACUUUCAAGGCCUUGAGAAGUCAAGCUGGAAAAUACUGGUGUUUGGCAGAUAAUGGCUUAGAAGACAGUGUUAAUACAAGUGCUUAUCUUGAUGUCCUGUUUGUACCAGGUUUGAUCACAAAACCAGCUGACCAGAUAGUUGUCGAGGGAAGAAUAGCAACAUUCUACUGCAACGCCACUGGGAACCCACAACCAACGAUAAAAUGGAUAAAGGAUGGGAAGACUGUGACCGAAGGAGAAACAUUAAGCUUUGAAACUAACAGGAAUCACACGGGAAAAUACUGGUGUUCAGCAGAGAAUGGAUUGAAUUCUACUGUGAAUGCUAGCGCCAUACUCGAUGUUCAGUUUCCGCCGAGUAUAAUUACCAAACCAUCUGACAAACAAGUCAUGGAGAAAAACGAAGUUACUUUCCACUGCACUGCCAGUGGAAACCCAACGCCAAACAUAACGUGGAUCAAAGAUGGCCAAGCCGUGGAUAAGGGAGAAAACCUCAAUUUUAAAGCUAUGAAGGCUAAUUCUGGAACAUAUUGGUGUCUGGCAGAAAAUGGUUUACAAGUCACUGUUAACACCAGUGCCGAUCUAGAUGUGCAAUUUGCACCAAGUUUAAUCACAUCCCCAGAGGACCACACAAUCAUUGAAUCUGAUACUGUAACAUUCUAUUGCAAUGCCACUGGCAACCCAACUCCAAAGAUAACAUGGAUUAGGGAUGGGAAGACUGUGGCUGAAGGAAAAAUUUUGAGUUUUGAAACCAAAAGGAAUCAAUCUGGAGGAUACUGGUGUUCAGCAGAGAAUGGACUGAACUCCACUGUAAAUGCUAGUGCUAAUCUUGAUGUUCAAUUUCCCCCUAGUCUAAAAAUCAAACCACUGAAUCAGACAAUUGAGGAAAAUCAGGAAGUGACUUUCCACUGCACUGCCACUGGCAACCCACCUCCAACUAUAACAUGGAUUAAAGAUGGGAAGAAUCUAGGUCAGGGUGAUUCUUGGAGCUUUAUAGCUAAAAGGAAUCAUUCUGGAAAAUACCACUGUUCUGCCGCAAAUGGAUUGGAUAAAACAACCAAUAGCAGUGCCUAUCUCAAUGUUCAGUUUGCACCAAGUUUAAUUACUACACCAGCUGACCAGACAUUAGUUGAAAGUGGUACAGCAAUCUUUUACUGCAAUGCCACUGGAAACCCAGCCCCAAAGAUAACUUGGAUAAAAGAUGGAAAGACUGUGGCUCAUGGAGAAACACUGACCUUUAAAACAAACAGAACUCAAUCUGGACAAUAUUGGUGUUCAGCAGAAAAUGGGGUGAAAUCUACUGUUAAUGCAACUGCUAGUCUUGAUGUUCUGUUUCAACCAAGUUUAACCACUAAACCAUCUAAUCAAACAAUAAUCGAACAUGAAGAAGUGACUCUACAUUGUACGGCCACUGGAAACCCUACCCCUGAGAUAACAUGGAUUAAAGAUGGGAAGGCUGUAGCUCAGGGAGACAAGCUGAGUUUCAAAGCUAACAGAAGCCAUUCUGGAGAAUACUGGUGUAAAGCUGGAAAUGGUCUAAAUGUAUCUGUUAAAGCUAGUGCUUACCUGGAUGUCCAAUUUGCACCACGUUUAAUAGCAGAACCAGUUAACCAGACAGUAACUGAGUCUGAAAAUGUAACAUUCUUCUGCAAUGCCACUGGGAACCCAGCUCCAAAGAUAAAAUGGAUGAAAGAUGGGAAGACUGUGGCUGAAGGAGAAAUGCUGAACUUUGAAACGAACAGAAAUCAGUCUGGAAAGUAUUGGUGUUUUGCAGACAAUGGGCUGAAUUCCACUGUUGAUACAAGUGCCACUCUAAAUGUCCAAUUUCCACCAAGUUUUAUCACCAAGCCUUCUAACCAGACCACUGUUGAAAAUGAGGUGGUGGCAUUUUACUGUGCUGCCACGGGUAACCCUGUUCCAAAAAUUACAUGGAUGAAAGAUGGAGAGGUAGUGUCUAAAGAAGAGAGUCUCUCCUUUGGAGCCAUCAGAAGUAAGACUGGAAAGUAUUGGUGUUCAGUGAGCAAUGGUGUGGGUGCUGCAGUCAAUGCCAGUGCACAUCUUGAUGUGCAAUUUGCACCUAGUCUUAUCAUGCGACCAACAAACCAGACAGUUGUCGAGUCCAAAACUGUAUCAUUCAACUGCUCUGCCACUGGGAACCCAACCCCAAAGAUAACAUGGCUAAAAGAUGGGAUUACUGUGGGUCAGGGGAAAACACUGAGCUUUGAAGCAAACAGGAAUCAAUCUGGAAAAUAUUGGUGUUCAGCCAAGAAUGGAUUAAAAGUGGUUGUGAAUGCGAGUGCUAUUCUUGAUGUUCAAUAUUUGCCAAAAUUUAUGAACAAGCCUGCUAACCAAACAGUACAAGAGAGGGACUCAGUAACGUUUUAUUGCAACGCUACUGGAAACCCAAAGCCAACAAUAACAUGGUACAAAGAUGGCGAGACCGUGGCACAUGGAGAGAUGUUAAGAUUUGAAAGCAAUAGGAAUGAUUCUGGCGAUUACUGGUGCUUGGCUGAGAAUGGCUUAAAGACAGUGGUUAACACCAGUGCAUAUCUUGAUGUGCUUUUUGCACCAAGUCUAACCACUGAACCCAGUAACCAAACAGUUAUUGAGUCUGAUGAAGCAAUGUUCCAAUGUAUUGCCACUGGUAACCCAACCCCAAAGGUAACAUGGACUAAAGAUGGGAUGACUGUGGGAUCUGGAGAGACUCUUAGAUUCACGGCGAGCAGGAACCAAUCUGGGAAGUACUGGUGCUCAGUAGAAAAUGGCUUCAAUGUCACUGUCAAUGCUAGUGCUUAUCUUGAUGUGCAUUUCGCACCAAGUCUCGUGAGUGAAAAAGUGAACAAGACGGUCAAUGAAUCUGAUGAAGUGAUUCUCCAUUGCGACGCGACUGGUAAUCCUGUACCAAGGAUAACGUGGAUUAAGGAUGGGAAACCUGAGGCUUAUGGCGAUACACUACGGUUUACAGCUCUGAGGAAUCAUUCCGGAAUAUACUUGUGUUUGGCAAAUAACGGGUUGAAUGUCACUGUCAAAGCGAGAACUCAUCUUAAUGUACAGUAUCCUCCAAGCUUCUCCAUAAAACCCUCCAACAAAACUGUCUCAGAGGAUGAUGACGUAACAUUUACCUGUAAUGCUACCGGUAACCCAACCCCAAAGAUAGCAUGGAUCAAGAAUGGUAUAACUGUGGCUCGUGGGGAAACUCUUAGCUUGACGCCGAAUAGGGGUGAAUCUGGAGAAUACUGGUGUUCGACGGAGAAUGGACUGGGUCCGGCUAUCAACUCUAGCGCUUAUCUUGAUGUACAGUUUCCAGCAAGCUUAACAACUACACCAGUAAAUCAAACUGUCCUCGAAGGAGAAACAGCCACAUUAGACUGUGCUGCCACUGGCAACCCAACACCAAACAUAUACUGGAUCAAGGAAGGGAAGACUGUGGGUAAAGGAGGUAACCUUAGCUUCGAAGUCAACAGGAAUCAGUCCGGAUAUUACUGGUGUGUGGCAGAAAAUAGAUUCCAAACUACUGCAAAUGCUAGUGGUUAUCUGAAUGUACUGUUCGCACCAAGUAUAACAGUCAGACCGACUGAUCAGACUGUUGAAGUGGGUAGCGUAGCAACGUUCCACUGCAGUGCCACUGGAAACCCAGUCCCAAAUGUGACCUGGAUUAACAAAGAGAAGACUGUGGCUCAGGGAAACACUCUAAAAAUUGAUGCAUAUAGGAAUCAAACAGGAAGAUACUGGUGUCGGGCAGAGAACGGACUGAAUCCAACUGUCAACGCUAGUGCCAAUCUUGAUGUGCAAUUCGCACCGAGUAUUACCAUCAAGCCAACUGACAAGACUGUCACUGAGGGGGAUGUAGUCGUCUUUCACUGCAAUGCCACUGGGAACCCAACUCCAAAGAUAACGUGGACCAAGGAUGGGAAGAAUUUAACUGAGGGUGACACUCUGAGCUUUAAAACAAACAGAACCCAAUCUGGAAAAUACUGGUGUUCAGGAGAGAAUGGAUUGAGGUCUGCUGUUAAUGCCAGUGCUAAUCUUGAUGUUCAGUUUCCACCAAGCUUUACCACGAGACCAAGCAACCAAACUGUUAUCGAAGGAAAGAAUGUAACUUUCCUUUGUACUGCCAUUGGAAACCCAACUCCAACUAUAACGUGGAUGAAAGAUCGGACUUCUGUGGCUGAAGGAAAGGCACUCAGCCUUGAAACCGGCAGAAAUGAUUCUGGGAAAUAUUGGUGUUUGGCUAAGAAUGGACUGGGUGAAGCUAUCAACACAACUGCCUAUCUUGAUGUACAAUUUUCCCCGAGUAUUAUCAGCAAACCAACGGACAAGAUUGUCACAGAGGGGGAUAUGGUAACCUUCCAGUGUACGGCCACUGGGAAUCCAACUCCAAAGAUAACGUGGAUUAAAGAUGGGAGGACUGUAGCUGAAGGAGACACACUGAGCUUUAAACCCAACAGAACUCAAUCUGGAAAGUACUGGUGUUUGGCAGAGAACGAAUUGCUGUCUUCUGUAAAUACUAGCGCCAAUCUGGAUGUCCAGUUUCCACCAAGCUUUACGUGGAGACCAGCCAACCAAACUGUUGUGGAAGGAACAAAAAUCCAAUUUUAUUGUAAUGCCACUGGAAACCCAACUCCAAACAUAACGUGGAUGACAGAUGGGAAUGUUGUGACUGAAGGAAACACUCUCAGCUUUCAGACGAGCAGAAACAGUUCUGGAAAUUAUUGGUGUUCGGCCAAGAAUGGAGUUGGUGAAACUUUCAAUACCACAGCCUAUCUUGAUGUACAAUUUCCUCCAAGCAUUAUCGUCAACCCAACUGACCAAACCGUUACUGAAGGAAAUAUGGUAGCCUUCCAUUGUGAUGUGACUGGGAAUCCAGCUCCAAAAAUAACGUGGAUUAAAGAUGAAAAGACUGUGGGUGAGGGAGACACAGUGAACUUUGAAACCAACAGAACUCAUUCUGGAAAAUACUGGUGUUCAGCAGAGAAUGGAUUGAAGUCUUCGGUUAAUGCCAGUGCCGAUCUUGAUGUACAGUUCCCACCAAGCUUUGCCUCGAAACCAACAAAUCAAACUGUUGUUGAGGGAAUGAAUGCAACCUUUCAUUGCACUGCCACUGGGAACCCAACUCCAACCAUUACUUGGAGGAAAGAUGGAAAUUCUGUGGCGGAAGGAAAGAGUUUCAGCUUUGAAACGAGCAGAAAUGAUUCGGGAGAAUAUCGGUGUUUGGCCGAGAAUGGACUGGGUGAAGUUAUCAACACAACGGCUUAUCUGGAUGUACAAUUCCCGCCAAGCUUUACUACGAGACCAAACAACCAAACUGUUAUCGAAGGAACGAAUGUAACUUUUCUUUGCACUGCCACUGGGAACCCAACUCCAACUAUUAAGUGGAUGAAAGAUGGAAAGUCUGUGGCGAAAGGAGGGACUCUCAGCUUUAAAACGAGCAGAAAUGAUUCUGGAGAGUAUCGGUGUUUGGCCGAGAAUGGACUGGGUGAAGUUAUCAACACAACGGCUUAUCUGGAUGUUCAGUUCUCUCCGAGUAUCGUCUUCAAGCCAACGGACAAGACUGUUACCGAGGGGGAUUUGGUAACCUUCUAUUGUAAUGCCACAGGAAAUCCAACUCCAAAGAUAACAUGGACUACAGAUGGGAAGACUGUGUCGGAUGGAGACACACUGAGUUUUAAAACCAACAGGACACAGUCUGGAAAGUACUGGUGUUCGGCAGAGAAUGGAGUGAAGUCUUCUGUAAAUGCUAGCGCUAGUCUUGAUGUCAAGUUUCCUCCAAGUUUUACAACGAGACCAAACAACCAAACUAUUAUCGAAGGAACGAAUGUAACUUUCCUCUGCACUGCCACUGGAAACCCAACUCCAACUAUAUUGUGGAUGAAAAAUGGGACUUCUGUGGCUGAAGGAGAAACUUUCAGCCUUGAAACCAGCAGAAAUGAUUCUGGAAAAUAUUGGUGUUUAGCCAAGAAUGGACUGGGCGAAGCUAUCAAUACGACGGCCUAUCUUGAUGUACAAUUCUCCCCGAGUAUAAUCACCAAGCCCACGGACAAGACUGUCACUGAAGGAGAUACGGUAACCUUCCAGUGCACUGCUACUGGGAACCCAACUCCAAAGAUAACAUGGAUGAAAGAUGGCAGGACUGUGGCUGAAGGAGACAAACUGAGUUUUAAAACCAACAGAACUCAAUCUGGAAAAUACUGGUGUUCAGCAGAGAAUGGAGUUAAAUCUGCUGUCAAUGCUAGCGUCAGUCUUGAUGUCCAAUUUCCACCAAGCUUUACUGCGAGACCAAGCAACCAAACAGUUAUCGAGGGAACGAAUGUCACUUUCCUUUGCACUGCCACUGGAAAUCCAACUCCAACUACAACAUGGAUGAAAGAUGGAAGUUUUGUGGCUGAAGGAAAGACACUCAGCCUCGAAACCAGCAGAAAUGAUUCUGGAAAAUAUUGGUGUUCGGCCAAAAAUGGACUGGGUAAAGCCAUCAACACGACGGCCUAUCUUGAUGUACAAUUUUCACCGAACCUUAUCAUCAAGCCAACGGACAAGACUGCUACCGAAGGAGAAAUUGUAGACUUCCAUUGUGCUGCCACUGGGAACCCAACUCCAAAGAUUACAUGGACCAAGGAUGGGAAGACUGUGGGUGAAGGAGAAACACUGCAAUUUGAAAGUAACAGAACUCAAUCUGGAAAAUACUGGUGUUCAGCGGAGAAUGGAUUGACGUCUGCUCUUAAUGCCAGUGCUAAACUUGAUGUUCAGUUUCCUCCAAGUUUUACUAGGAGACCGAGCAACCUAACUGUUAUCGAAGGAACAAAUAUCACAUUCAGCUGCUCUGCAUCUGGGAACCCAACUCCUGAGAUUUCAUGGCUUAAAGAUGGAAAGACUGUGGCAGAAGGUGACACUCUGAGCCUUGAAACCAGCAGAAAUGAUUCUGGGAAAUAUUGGUGUUUGGCUAAAAAUGGAGUGGGUGAAGCUAUCAAUACGACGGCCUAUCUCGACGUACAAUUCUCCUCGAGUAUUAUCAUCGAACCAAGGGACGAGACUAUUGCUGAAGGAGAUACAGUAACCUUCCAUUGCACUGCCACCGGGAACCCAACUCCAAAGUUGACAUGGAUUAAAGAUUGGGAGAAUGUGGGUGAAGGAGACAAACUGAGCUUUGAAACAAACAGAACUCAAUCUGGAAAAUACUGGUGUUCAGUAGAGAAUGGAUUAACGCCUGCUGUUAAUGCCAGUGCUAAUCUUGAUGUUCAGUAUCCACCAAGUUUUACUUCGAGACCAAGCAACCAGACUGUCAUCGAAGGAACGAACGUCACAUUCCGCUGUUCUGCAUCCGGGAACCCCCAUCCUGACAUUUCAUGGCUUAAAGAUGGAAAGACUGUGGCGGAAGGGGACACUUUGAGCCUGGAAACCAGCAAAAAUGAUUCUGGGAAAUAUUGGUGUUUGGCCAAGAAUGGAGUGGGGGAAACUAUCAAUACAACUGUUUAUCUUGAUGUGCAAUUCUCACCAAGUAUUAUCACCAAGCCAACGAACAAGACUGCUAUCGAAGGAGAUUUGGUAAGCUUCCGUUGUGUAGCCACUGGUAACCCAACUCCCAAAAUAUCAUGGAUCAAAGGUGGAAAGCCUGUGGCCGAGGGAGAUACUCUGACCUUGAAAACCAACAGAACUCAAUCUGGAGAAUACUGGUGUUCGGCAGCGAAUGGUUUGAAAGCUGCCGUUAAUGCUAGCGCCAAUCUUGAUGUCCAGUUUCCACCAAGCUUUACUACGAGACCAAGCAACCAAACUGUUAUGGAAGGAACGAAAACAACCUUUCGCUGUGCUGCCACUGGAAACCCAACUCCUAAGAUGUCAUGGCUGAAAGGUGGGGAAAUUGUGGCGGAGGGAGACACCUUGAGUCUUGAAACCAACCGAAAUGAUUCUGGAAAAUAUUGGUGUUUUGCGGAUAAUGGGCUGGGUGAUCCUAUCGAAACGACUGCUCAUCUCGACGUACAGUACCCACCAACUUUGACCGUAACUCCAACAAACCUGACCAUGGCUGAGGGUCACAAUGCAACUUUCCGCUGCUCAGCUACUGGGAAUCCCACUCCAACGAUAACAUGGAUGAAAGAUGGCCAGACUGUAGCCACAGGAAGAUCAUAUACUCUAGAAGCUAACAAGAAAGAUUCUGGAAUGUACUGGUGUAUUGCGGAUAAUGGUUUGAGAGUCAAGGCCAAUGCCAGUGCUUUUCUUAACGUUCAGUUCUCAUCUGGUUUCACUACCCUACCAUCUGACCAGACCGUCAUGGAAGGCGAAGAAGUUACAUUCUAUUGUGCCGCAACAGGAAACCCACCACCUAGUAUAACAUGGAGUAAGGAUGGAAAUAUACUGGCUUCAGGAAACACUUUAAAGUUUACAGCUCUCAAGAAUGAUUCUGGGGAAUACUUGUGUUCUGCUGAGAAUGGAGUAGAACUGGCCAUCAAUGCAAGCGCCCAUCUCGAUGUACAGUAUGCACCGAGUUUUACCGUCAAACCUACGGACAAAACCAUAACAGAAGGUAGCUUGGUGGUAUUCACUUGCACUGCCACUGGGAACCCAAGUCCAGAGAUAACAUGGUUUAAGGAUGGCAAGCCUGUGACCAAAGGGGAAAAACUGAUGUUUGUUACCAACAGAAAUCAAUCUGGAGAAUACUGGUGUUUGGCUGACAAUGGAGUAAAUGUGACCGUCAAUGCCAGUGCCUCUCUGGAUGUUCAGUAUCCACCAAGUUUUACAACUACACCAAGUGAUUUGACUGUUCGAGAAGAUAAUGAAGCAAGAUUCCAUUGCACUGCUACUGGUAACCCAACCCCUGAGAUAAAAUGGAUGAGAGAUGGGAAGACUGUGGCUCAGGGAGACGUGUUUAAGUUUUCCGCCAAACGAAAUCAGUCCGGGGAAUAUCGCUGUUUGGCUGAGAAUGGACUGGGUGUGAAUAUCACUGCGAGUGCCUCUCUAGAUGUACUGUUUGCACCAAGUUUAAUUUCAACACCAGCUGACCAGACUGUGAUUGAAGGAACCAAAACAACAUUCUUCUGUAAUGCCUCUGGGAACCCAUCUCCGAAGAUAACUUGGUCAAAAGAUGGAGAGACUGUGACUAAAGGAGAAGUUUUUAGCUUUGAAGCGAAUAGGAAUCAAUCUGGAGAGUACUGGUGUUCUGCAGAGAAUGGAUUAAAUGUGACUGUCAAUGCCAGCGUCCAUCUUGAUGUUCAAUUUCCGCCAAGUUUUACAACAACACCAAGCGAUCUGACUGUUCGAGAAGAUAAUGAAGCAAGUUUUCAUUGUUCUGCCACUGGGAACCCAACUCCGACGAUCACAUGGAUGAAAGAUGGGAAGAUUGUGGCUCAAGGAGACUCGUUGAGAUUUUCGGCCAAACGAAAUCAGUCUGGGGAAUACCGCUGUACGGCAGCGAAUGGCCUGGGUGUGAAUAUCACUGCAAGUGCCUCUCUUGAUGUACAGUUUGCACCAAGUCUAAUCUCAACACCGGCUGAUCAGACCGUUAUUGAGGGAGCCAAAGCAACAUUCUACUGCAAUGCCUCAGGGAACCCAUCUCCAAAGAUAACUUGGUCAAAAGAUGGAAAGACUGUGACUGAAGGAGAAACUCUGAGCUUUGAAGCGAACAGGAAUCAAUCUGGAGAUUUAGUCAAAACACCAACGAACAAGACCAUAUUUGAGGGUGAAACGGCAACAUUCCACUGUACGGCCACUGGGAACCCAGUCCCAGAGAUAACAUGGAUAAAAGAUGGGAAGACUGUGGCUCAGGGAGACGUGUUUAAGUUUUCCGCCAAACGAAAUCAGUCCGGGGAAUAUCGCUGUUUGGCUGAGAAUGGACUGGGUGUGAAUAUCACUGCGAGUGCCUCUCUAGAUGUACAGUUUGCACCAAGUUUAAUUUCAACACCAGCUGACCAGACUGUGAUUGAAGGAACCAAAACAACAUUCUUCUGUAAUGCCUCUGGGAACCCAUCUCCGAAGAUAACUUGGUCAAAAGAUGGAGAGACUGUGACUAAAGGAGAAGUUUUUAGCUUUGAAGCGAAUAGGAAUCAAUCUGGAGAAUACUUGUGUGCAGUUGUUAAUGGACUGAGUGUUAAUAUCACUACCAGCGUGAAACUUGAUGUGCAAUUUUCACCAAGUUUAGUCAAAACACCAACGAACAAGACCAUAUUUGAGGGUGAAACGGCAACAUUCCACUGUACGGCCACUGGGAACCCAGUCCCAGAGAUAACAUGGAUAAAAGAUGGGAAGACUGUGGGAUCAGGAGAAACACUGAGUUUUGAAACAAGAAGGAAUCAAUCUGGAAAAUACUGGUGUUCGGUUGCUCAAGGAAACACACUAAGCUUUGAAACAAACAGGACUCAGACAGGGGAAUACUUGUGUUUAGCAAAGAAUGGACUGAGUCCUAAUGCCAGUGCUAGUGCAAAUCUUGAUGUACAGUUUCCACCAGAACUUGCUAUCAAGCCCGCUGACCAAACUAUAACGGAAGGCAACGAAGUCACGUUUCACUGCGCUGCAAACGGUAAUCCUGCACCUAAAAUAAAAUGGGUGAAAGGUGAAGCGACUGUGGCCGUGGGGGGUACACUGACGUUUGAAGCAAAUAGGAAUCAUUCAGGACCAUAUCUGUGUGUGGUGGAGAAUGGUGUGGAUGAGGAAGUCAAAGCAAGUGCUAACCUUGAUGUGCUGUUUCCACCAAGUUUUGCCUCCAAACCUAUUAACAAGACUGUCACUGAGGGUACCAUGGCAACCUUCUAUUGUAAUGCCACAGGAAAUCCAACCCCAAAGAUUACAUGGAUAAGGGAUGGGGUGACUGUUGCUCAAGGAAACACACUAAGCUUUGAAACAAACAGGACUCAGUCUGGGGAAUACUUGUGUUUAGCAAAGAAUGGACUGAGUCCUAAUGCCAUUGCUAGUGCAAAUCUUGAUGUACAGUUUCCACCAGAAUUUACAACCAAGCCAGUAGACCAAACCGUAACUGAGGGCAAUAGUGUCAGUUUCCAUUGCGCCGCAAAUGGUAACCCAACACCGAACAUAAAAUGGGUCAAAGAUGAAAAUGCUGUGGCAUCGGGUGGUAUGCUAACGUUUGAAGCGAGGAGGAAUGAUUCAGGACCAUACCUGUGUCUGGCGGAGAACGGUUUGACUGCGGAUAUCAAAGCAACUGCUAGCCUUGAUGUGUUGUAUGGACCAAGUUUUACCACAAGACCAAAUGAUCAGAUUGUUGUUGAGGGUGCUAUGGUCACAUUCAACUGUUAUGCCAUUGGUAAUCCUGUGCCAGAUAUUGUAUGGGUAAAAGAUGGAAAGACUGUGACAGUAGGAAACAUACUGAGCUUGAAAACGUCACGAAAUCAGUCAGGAAAAUAUUGGUGCUUGGCCAAGAAUGAUCUUAAGACUGUUAACGCAAGUGUCAAUCUUGAAGUGCAAUUUUCUCCCAGUUUUACCUCAAAACCAGUUAGCCAAACUGUUAACGAAGGAGAUGAAACCACACUCCAAUGCAGUGCCACUGGAAACCCGGCACCAACAAUAACUUGGUUUAAAGAUGGGAGUACUGUUGCUUCUGGGGAGACCUUCAAAUUUUCGGCUAACAGAACUCAAUCUGGAACAUACUGGUGUUCUGCGGAGAAUGGAUUGGGUGUCGCUGUCAAUACAAGUGCCUCGCUUGAUGUCCAAUUCCCACCAAGUUGUGCGGUAACCCCAAAGUCUCACUCUGUCAUUGAGGGCCACGUCGCGUCAUUCCGUUGCAGUGCCACAGGGAACCCAACUCCAAAUCUCACAUGGUAUAAAGAUGGGGUGGUUGUGGCUUCAGGAGACAUUCUGAGAUUUACAGCGAGCAGAAAUCAAUCUGGACAGUACUGGUGUUCAGCGGAAAACAUUUUUAACGCGACUGCCAAAGCUAGUGGCAGUCUCGAAGUACACUUCAAACCAGAAAAAACCCGUCUAUCAGUGACUUCAGACGUCACCGAGCCUGUCAAAUUUGGCAGCUCGGUAAAGUUCACCUGUACAGCGGAAUCACGUCCAACUGUGGAGGUGUACAAAUUUUACCGCGACCAAUUGCAGCUUGGAAGCAGCAUUAGUGGUAUUUAUGAAGUUCAGCUACAAAGGAGCGGUCGGUAUACCUGUGUACCCAUCAACAGGGCAGGAAAUGGAACAGAAUAUUCAAUAUAUAUUAAAGUGGAUGCUCGGAAGCCAUAUUUCCCCGAGGAAGUCCCUCCAGUGUACCUGUUCAAAGACAGCCAGGCUCGGUUACCUUGCAAGCCCGAGGGUGAGCCGCAACCAACAGUGAAAUGGUUUAAGGACGGUGUAGCGAUUAGUGAUAAACAGAACGCAAGCUACAGACUUGAAUCAGAUGGUACCCUGAUCAUAGACAAAGUGAAAAAUGGCGAUGCUGGGAAAUACACUUGUAUGGCUGAAAACUUCCUGGGGAAGGCAAAUGUAACAGCUCUGGGAAUUUUGCUAGAGAGGACGAAGAUAUUUGAGAGACCACCACAAACCCAGACGGUCAGUCAGGGUACAAAUGUGGAAUUAAAAUGCUAUGCGACCGCGGAUCCCACCUUGGAGCUGAGGUAGAUCUGGAAAAAAGACGGCAUUGAAG